UCCCUGCCCUCACCCCGGCGGGCGAGAGAAGCUCUCGGGACAGCUUCUGGAGUCCGCGUUCUGGAGUCCCUCCGCAAUCCGAGAGCAGCUACCGUGCCCCCGCAGGCUCAGGAUGCGGCCAGGACGGACAGGGGGCGUGCCGUUGCGGCUGGUGUUAGUGCUCAGUCAAGGCAUUUUAAAUUGUUGUAUGGCAUACAAUGUUGGUCUCCUAGAAGCAAAGAUAUUUUCCGGUCCUUCAAGUGAACAGUUUGGCUAUGCAGUGCAGCAGUUUAUAAAUCCAAAAGGCAACUGGUUACUAGUCGGUUCACCUUGGAGUGGCUUUCCUGAGAACCGAAUGGGAGAUGUGUAUAAAUGUCCUGUUGAUCUGUCCAAUGCUACAUGUGAAAAACUGAAUUUGGAAACUGCCACAAGCAUUCCCAAUGUUACUGAAAUGAAAAUCAACAUGAGCCUUGGCUUGACUCUCACAAGGAACAUGGGCACUGGAGGAUUUCUCACGUGUGGUCCCCUGUGGGCACAGCAGUGUGGAAGUCAAUAUUACACAACUGGGGUUUGUUCUGACGUCAGUCCCGAUUUUCAGCUCUUGACCAGCUUUGCACCUGCAGUUCAGACCUGCCCUUCCCUCAUAGAUGUUGUGGUUGUGUGUGAUGAAUCGAACAGUAUUUAUCCCUGGGAUGCAGUAAAGAAUUUUUUGGAAAAAUUUGUCCAAGGCCUGGAUAUAGGCCCCAAGAAAACACAGGUGGGGUUAAUUCAGUAUGCCAACAAUCCAAGAGUUGUAUUUAACCUGAACACUUUCAAAACCAAAGCUGAAAUGAUUGAAGCAACAUCCCAGACAUACCAGUAUGGUGGAGACCUCACAAAUACAUUCAAAGCAAUUCAAUAUGCAAAAGAUUCUGCUUAUGCAGCAGCGGCUGGAGGACGACCGGGUGCCACCAAAGUAAUGGUGGUUGUAACUGAUGGUGAAUCGCAUGAUGGUUCAAUGUUGAAAGCCGUGAUUGAUCAAUGCAACAAUGACAAUAUACUGAGGUUUGGCAUAGCAGUUCUUGGGUACUUAAACAGAAAUGCCCUUGAUACUAAAAAUUUAAUAAAGGAAAUUAAAGCAAUUGCCAGUAUUCCAACAGAAAGAUAUUUUUUCAACGUGUCUGAUGAAGCAGCUCUACUAGAAAAGGCUGGGACACUAGGAGAACAAAUUUUUAGCAUUGAAGGUACUGUUCAAGGAGGAGACAACUUCCAGAUGGAAAUGUCACAAGUGGGAAUCAGCGCAGAUUACUCUCCUCAGAACGAUAUUCUGAUGCUGGGUGCAGUAGGAGCUUAUGCCUGGAGUGGGACUGUUGUCCAGCAGACAUCUCAUGGACAUUUGAUCUUUCCUAACCAGGCCUUUGACCAAAUUCUGCAAGAUAAAAACCACAGCUCAUAUUUAGGUUACUCUGUGGCUGCAAUUUCUACUGAAAAAGACCUCCAUUUUGUUGCUGGUGCUCCUCGGGCAAAUUAUACUGGCCAGAUCGUGCUCUACAGUGUUAAUGAGAAUGGCAAUGUCACAGUUAUUCAGGCUCACCGAGGUGACCAGAUUGGCUCCUAUUUUGGGAGUGUGCUGUGUUCCGUCGAUGUGAAUAAAGACACCAUUACAGAUGUGCUCUUGGUGGGUGCACCAAUGUUCAUGAACGACUUAAAGAAAGAGGAAGGAAGAGUCUACCUGUUUACCAUCUCAAGGGGCGUUUUGAAUUGGCACCAAUUUCUUGAAGGCCCUGAGGGUGUUGAAAAUGCUCGGUUUGGUUCAGCGAUUGCAGCUCUUUCAGAUAUCAACAUGGAUGGCUUUAAUGAUGUAAUAGUUGGUUCACCUUUGGAAAAUCAGAACUCUGGAGCUGUGUAUAUCUACAACGGUCAUGAGAGCACCAUUCGCAUGAGAUAUUCUCAGAAAAUCUUGGGAUCCGAUGGAGCCUUUAGGAGCCAGCUCCAGUACUUUGGGAGAUCUUUGGAUGGUUAUGGUGACUUAAAUGGGGAUUCUAUCACCGACGUGUCUGUUGGUGCCUUUGGGCAAGUUGUUCAGCUCUGGUCACAAAGUAUUGCUGAUGUAUCUGUGGAAGCUUUGUUCACACCAGAAAAAAUUAUUUUGUUCAACAAGAAUGCUGACAUAAAACUCAAACUCUGUUUCAGUGCCAAGUUUAGACCUACUAAGCAAAACGAUCAAGUGGCCAUUAUCUACAACAUCACAAUUGAUGCAGAUCUAUAUUCAUCCAGAGUAACCUCCAGGGGUUUAUUUAAAGAAAAUAAUGAAAGGUGCCUGCAGAAGAAUAUGCUCAUAAGCCAAGCACAGAGUUGCGCUGAGCACACCAUCCACAUACAGAAGCCCUCUGACGUUGUCAACUCUUUGGAUCUGUGUGUGAACAUCAGUCUGGAAAACCCUGGCACCAGCCCCGCCCUUGAAGUCUACUCUGAGAAGGCCAAGGUCUUCAGUAUCCCUUUCUACAAAGACUGUGGGGAUGAUGGAGUUUGUAUCUCGGAUCUAGUUCUAGAUGUCCAACAACUAUCAGCCGCUCAAGAUCAACUCUUUAUUGUCAGCAACCAAAACAGAAGGUUAACAUUUUCAAUAACACUGAAAAACAAAAGGGAAAGUGCAUACAACACUAGAAUUGUUGUUGAUUUUUCAGAAAACUUGUUUUUUGCUUCCUGGUCCAUGCCGGUUGAUGGGACAGAAGUAACAUGCCAGAUUGCUUCAUCUCAGAAGACUGUUACCUGUGAUGUUGGCUACCCUGCUUUGAGGAGGGAGCAACAGGUGACUUUCACUAUUAACUUUGACUUCAAUCUUCAAAACCUUCAGAAUCAGGCAUCUGUCCAUUUCCAAGCCUUAAGUGAAAGCCAUGAAGAAAACAAGGCAGAUAAUUUGGUCAACUUCAAAAUUCCUCUGCGGUAUGAUGCCGAUAUUCACAUCACGAGAUCCACCAACAUAAAUUUUUAUGAAGUCUCCUCAGAUGGGAAUGUUCCUUCUGUCGUGCACAGUUUUGAAGAUAUUGGUCCAAAAUUCAUCUUCUCCAUUAAGGUAACAACAGGGAGUGUUCCAGUAAGCAUGGCAUCUGUAAUCAUCCACAUCCCUCAAUACACCAAAGAAAAGAACCCACUGAUGUACCUGACUGAGGUGCACACAGAUCAGGCUGGUGACAUCAGCUGUAAUGCCGAAAUAAAUCCACUGAAAAUAGGACACACGUCUCCUUCUGUGUCUUUCAAGAAUGAAAAUUUCCGGCACAUAAAAGAAUUGAACUGCAGAGCUGCUUCAUGUGGUAAUGUUACCUGCUGGAUGAAAGACCUUCAGGGCAAAGGAGAGUACUUCCUUAAUGUAUCAACCAGAAUUUGGAACGGGACUUUUGCAGCAUCAACUUUCCAGACCAUACAGCUGAGCGCAUCUGCAGAAAUCGACACCUAUAACCCUCAGAUAUAUGUGAUCGAAGAAAACACAGUCACGAUUCCCAUCACAAUAAUGAAACCUCAUGAGAAAGCUGAAGUUCCAACUGGAGUUAUAGUAGGAAGUGUAAUUGCUGGAAUCCUUUUGCUAUUAGCUCUGGUUGCAGUUUUAUGGAAGCUUGGCUUCUUCAAAAGAAAAUAUGAAAAAAUGUCCAAAAAUGCAGAUGAGAUUGACGAGACCACGGAACUCAGCAGCUGAGCCCCC